GCCGUGGGCUAAGUAACUGCGAAUAUGCGUUAUACUCGUACUGUAUCUUUCGUUGCGGUGAUGAUCUUCGCGCUAGUUUAUGCACAUUUCCUUUACCAAGAGCAAAGGGCUUGAAGGUUAUUCUACUCUAAUUAGAAGAAUGCAAAUCCUGUGAGAAAGCAAUCACUUUCAUGGGGGUUUUCCUCAGCCCGCGGUGCUGCUGCCAACAAAGACCUCGGGGUCGGGGUCGGGGUCGAACAGCAUUUGCGCCUGACAGGUGCGUCGUCAGCGCCACUCCCAUCAAAGCUGGGGACUCUCACAGUUCCAAUGCCUACAUGGAAGUUGAAGUUGCCAUUGGCCACCGUCUUCUUCCUCGUCUUCUUCCUCGUCUUCUUCCUCGUCUUCUUCCUCGUCUUCUUCCUCGUCUUCUUCCUCGUCUUCUUCCUCGUCUUCUUCUUCAUGGCCUUCUACUUGCUCCUGCUCCUCCCAUUCUUAAGCAGCAGCAGUAGUGGCAUAGUAGUGGUGGUGAUGGCGAUGGCCGCAAUGGGUGCUGCAUACCGUUGUCAUUAUAUUCGUAGACAAAAG